AUGGCCUCCUUUGCCUUUGACUUUGACUCUGAGACUGCGGAGCACUGGGAGCACAAGGGUGGAGCCCACGUUGGGUACAAGGCGGAGCACCACCUACUGGUAAGAUUUCGGACCGAGCCGCUAAAGAGACGACGACGGAAAUAAGUAUUGUGUGUAGUACGGUUGGAUUGGCAAAUAAGAAGCAACUACCUGAAGAGUUUAUAGUCUGUAAAUACUUGCUCCGUAUCAAAAACCGCUAUAAAGCAGCACGGCGAGGAGUGUCAUAACUCGGCCCGAUUACGAGCGCAUUAGCAGCAGAUAAUAUGUCUCUACUGUUGUGAAAUUGAAAUAGAAAUGCUAUCGGUUCAGAGACAAACAAGUUCGGAUCGAACUUGACUUAUUUUCAGUCCGCUGAGGGAUAACACAAAGGUAAAGUUGCUCAGAACCGAUACUUUGACUGACUUCUGUGAGUAACAAUUGUUCGGCAAUACACACGGCUUCGGAGUAUACUUCCUACCUUUUAAAAUUCUUCUCUGCAAGAUUUCCGCGAAGCCGACCGCCUCAUCAAAAUUUCAUCGAAAAUUCCGAAUGCGAAUACUCAAUCUCGCCUACUCGAAGAUCAAAUGUGUAUUGCAGGGAUGAAAAAAAAGAAAUCACAAAAAAGAUAGAGCCGAGCAAACUUUCUUUCGAAAAGCCGGGAGGGUUGCGCAAACAAAAAGGUCGAAUCCAUGCGGGACAAAACGGAAAUAAUCGUUUGAUGUUCUUCGUAUUUAUCAGUGUUGUCAGAGUACUUCUGUGGGUCAUGCAAACACUGCGCCGGGGUCAUGAACCACUCGAACGAAAGUAAUCGGGCUGGUAAAAAUAGGUUGAUAAGAGCAGAGAGUUGAGCAAACUGUUUGUCGCGCAUGGAAUAAGAGAAUGUGUGCGCGGCAACUGGUUGCUCCGGAGAGCAUGCAAAUAGUGGCUCGAAGGUCAAACUUUGUAAGUGAUGCAAAAAAAAGUGAUAGCUUAGAAUGUUGCAUCUCUACUUCCUUAUCCAUUUCGUGACGAAUUCAAAGUGGUGGAGAUGUAUGACCUCUUUUCAAACUGCCACUUUUUAAAGGAUCAGAAAGAGAGCGAGUUUACCGAGAAGUUUGUUUGCCGUCCGUCGUUCCAUUCGACGAUGAUAAUAGGUCGAUCUCACACAUCAGUUACGGCCGAGAAGAGCACAAUAGAAGAAGUGAGGUAUUAUCAAUGAGGGAACGCUUUGAGGGGGCUCGCUUUGAUCGCUUAUCAAAUGUCAAACAUCAGGUUAUCUUGGGAGCACAGGAGGGGAGAAGAUACAUCGGUUUUUCUAAAUAAGUACGUUCACAAGUACGUUCACUUUGCGCUUCAACUCUCAACCCUCGAUGGUUGUACAGUGCCGCGCCUUAUAAUUUUACAUUGUUCCUACAGUAAAUUACGCAUUUCGCUUUGUAAGACGCAAUUUUUGAAAAUUGCCGAAAACUCUUUCGUUUUUCCCGAGCUUGCUGCAAAUUGAAAGUAUCGAAUGGCAUGAGAGAUUUUAACGGAAACAAUCAAAACCAAACGCUCAAAAGUUCGUCAACGGAAGGAAGGGGCGAGUAACUCAUAACACAAACAGGCGGCACUAUUCGUUUCGACAAACCAUAGAAAGUCACAACUCGUUCGGUUUGCCAACCACUCCCGUCCAUUUCCUCACAGAGAAACGGCUGAAAAAGAGACAGAAAAACGAUUGGUUUGAGGUCCGUUUUGCGACGGAACGAGUACAAAAGCAAACAUAAUCGCAAAAGUAAGGUUGGCACCGAAUCUGCCGAGAAAGAGGGCAGAGGAUUGCUGUUUGACUACAGGAAACACUACGUUCGACACGAAAAAAGAGGGUAAAACGGGGAGAAGGGUCACAGUCAAACAGAGCCGACAUCCAGAAGAAUCGGAACGCAAUCAGAGGGAAGUGCGCGAACGGAACGGAAGAGAACUCAUCGGAGGGGAGUUAUUGGAGAAAAUUCUGAUGGACACUUUGCUUCAUUUCAUCAUUUACCACCUUCCCUGCCUUUUUUCAUCUCACAUUAGUCAAUUUCAAACUGAAAAUGGGAAUGAAAUGUCCAUCGCCUCUCCCUUUUCCGGGCAACAAUUGUGACUCAUUUAACGAUAAAAACUAACAUUUUGAGACGAACAAUUUGUUAAUAUCAACUGCAUUUCAAUUUUUUUUUGUUCUUGCUUUUAUUUUUGUUCAUUUUGAACUGCUUCUCGUCUAUUUUGUUCAUGGCAAACUUAAUUCAAACAUCCGCGCAUUGAAAACGGCCUAACUACCGCCUGUUUUUCUUAGGUCGCGCUUGCCUCGGACUCCUCGUGGACAAACUGAAUGCCAUCCAAAUUAUUUUUCAUUCUGGAUUUCUGCGUGUUUCCGCGUCGUUUCCAAACAAAUGUUGUUUUUUUUCAGGCAAAAAUGGAGCAAGAAGAUCAGCAAUCAUCGACUCAGUCGACGCCAACGCAAGAAGAAUCAACAAUCAUCACAAUUCCAGUGCACGCACCACAAAUGCCGGCCAUUUCGCUGUCCGGAAACAAUGCGCAAAGAACUCUGUGGAUUGGAGAUGUUCCGUCCGAAUGGACAGAAGAAACGCUGAAUCAGGUAUUCACGGUAAGGAUAAUAUGAUUGCAUUUUCAAAAAGUGUUGAAAAUUUCAGGAAAGCAAUCAUGCUCCGUAUAAAGUGAAACGAGUUUACGUCAAAGACGAGGUGAGUGUAAUUGGUCGGAUCUGUAAGCUCAAAACUGCACCGUUUUCAGCUAAAAGGCUACUGUUUCAUCGAAUUUCUAAGUUUCGAAGAGGCUCGUCAAACUCUGUACGAUUUGAACGGAGUGAAAGUGCCCGGAUUCAAGAGAUCCGCUUCAAUUUGUGCUUUGCCAACGACAGUUACAAUCCGUAAGUUCUAUAAAGAAAAAAAUCACCGGUAUCUCAUUAAUUAUUUCAGCAAUUCUGAAUUCAACCUCCACGUUUCGAAUGUGCCGCACGACAUGUCCGAUGCCGAGUUGUACCGCGUCUUCGACAAAUACUACUCGUGCCGAGGAGCCAAAAUGUUCCGAUUCGUCGAUGGAUCCUCGAAAGGAACCGGCUAUAUUCGCUUCGGGAAUCAGACUGAUCAGCAAAUGGCACUGGUCGAAAUGCAUCGAACAAGAGUCGGAAGUGGGCGGAUCAUCAUCAAAUUGGCUGGUCCACGAGGAGAGAGACUGGACCGGGGCGAGGGCGGUGGAUACAAACCUAGGGGAGAGAGGCGUCGCGAAGAGAAAUCGAGUCUGGUGAGCAAUCAAAGGGUUAGUUCGAAAGAAAUUGACAUGUUUUCAGUAUCGAAAUGGCACGGCAGUCCCCCAGCAGACGCAGAUGUUCGAUGCGUUCGGCAAUCCGGUGAUAGUGGCCGUCGACAAGAAUAUUUACGGAACGGACCAUCCGUGGGGACCCUUUCCCGAUGAUCCGGAACUCGAUCCAAUCAUCGGACUCGAUUUGCUAAGUUGGUUCACUCUGAAGAAUCGUUCGAACAAAAUGUUAUUUUCAGCAACGAAAUACCGUCCACAAAUCUCCAACAAACGAGUGAUGAUCGACACGGAUCAGUUCUUCCUCGACCUCGAUUCCAGUCGGUGGAGUCCGAUCGUUCUCAAGACUAACAUCAAGAAUGAUGAGUUGGCAGCGAAACUAACCGCCAAUCCGUGGACUUCGCUCCCAUAAAGAUCUAUGUUUCAUUGAUAUCCGGUCAACUAUUGCUAACUUUGUAUUACUUUGAUAAAUUUUUUCAAAUAAAAAGAACCAAUCGAUUCUCUCAAAUGUUAUUUUUGAUCUCUCCCCAUUAUUUUGUUCCUCGUACCAUCUGCACCCUCGAUUUUCGCGCGCCCCAUAGGGUCAAAGCGAUCAUUGCCCAUUCGCCCCGUCUUCUCAGUUGCGCUCAGCCAGCGCUCUUCGAGUCGAACUCGGAAAUGUCGUCUUUUAUGCUCAUGUCUCUCCCGUAUCUUCCAUUCAAAAAGAUCUUCGAGGAAAUGGAGAAUCGGGAAAAGUGAGUGAUCACAAACACUUUCAGUUUUUGAUUAUUAUCCUUUUCAGAGUGCACUUGGCGCUGACUUCCACUCAGGUCGCUAAACGGAUAAAAGCAUUGAAGCUGAAGGUGGAGAGGUACAUUUUUCGUGUGGAGAACGCGCAACCAUCAAUUCAAUUGAUAAUGGACUUGAAUCGUCGCGAAGAGACUAGCGUAUAUCUCAAGGACCGCCCGAGAAAAAAUAUGAGGUUCGCGUUUUCUUGAUACCCCAUGGCUCGGAGAAAGGCCGGCCCCGGUUUUCUGAGGCGUGAACUUUUGACUCGGCUGCAAUAAUCCGAUCGGACCCAAACUUGCCGGCUUCUCAGCCCGUUUAUGCGUUCUUGCGGUCUCACAAAGUUCAGGCCUCGAAAAGUCUACGAGCUUUUGCCAGGGCCGGUUUUUUCCCUGUUAUCCCUCCUUCCAUUCGCUUCAACUUUAAUUGCAGCCCAUUUCGCCUCUUAACUUUCUGCUUGACGUAUUUCCAACCAAGUCCAUCGCGUGGGGCGUACACUGGGACAAACUGAAACCGGGAAAUCUCGAACGACUGCUGUCGGAUCCUCUGUUCACACACAGCGAUUACGUGGACAUUGGUGGUUCGAAGCCCAUUCCGUCGGACGUUUUGAACCAUCUGAUCGAUAAUCUUUCUGUGAAACAUUUCCGUGUCACUGCCAAAGUGGACUUUCUCUUCAGCAGCAGACAUGUCAGCUUGUUCUUGUCAAUGACUGUUUUCACAACAGUUUUCUGAUUUCAGCCCUUCAAAUUCAAAACGUGGCGUAUUUGAAUGCUCGAUGGGUCGAAGAAAAAGACCUUCUGACUAUCAGAGAUUCGGAGAAUAUCAUCCUGGGCGACACUGUUCUCGAUAACGCGUCGAUCAAAACGUUCAUUUCGUACUGGUCGAACAGUAAGUACGACGUCGUGCGGAACAUUUCGAUUGUGAUGAAAGAGACAACGGAUGUCAGUCGACUACUGGGCGUGGUCGUUUGUGUGUGGAAAAGGAAGUUUUACUUUCUGUAAGUCUAUUCGGAAUUCUGGCAUUGCCGCUCUUCCGCGAAUGAAUUUAAAAGUGUGAUUAGUGAUGUUUCGAUUUUCAGGCAGUCGAGACGGAGAUCGGAGCACAAGAAGUACACUUACGCGUCCGUCCGACUGAAGAACAACAUAUUCCAUUUCCAAGCGUACUCUUCAAAAGAAAUGAUGGAAGCAAACCCGCUCAUGAUGAGAGUCGUCCAAAUGAGCUACAGACACAUGGACGUAUUGUUGACUAUGAGAAAAGUUUCCGCGGCGGAAACUGAGUGUCGCAGACGCAUUAGGGUAGCAGGUGCGGAGAGAAAUGCGAGAGUGUUGGCUGCUCGGCGUGGAAAUCUCCGCAUGAUUUUAUCGAGAAAGAGUGAACUCGAAGAGGAGGACAAUCAAAUAAGAGCACAAUUCUACAGGGAUAACGUCAGGCUUCACAUCUGA